AUGGCUUCGAUGUGUGCAGGAGAUUUCAAUGAAAUCCUGCACCAAAAGGAAAAACAAGGGGCUACAAGUAGACCAUACAAACAAAUUGAAGCUUUCAGGAAGGUAGUCGAGAUUUGUGGACUUCAUGACCUUCAUUCCCAGGGACAAAGGUUUACUUGGUCCAAUAACAAAAGUGGAAGGGAGUUCACAAAGGAAAGAAUAGAUAGAGCAAUGGUUAACAAGGAAUGGAAUGAGCUUUUUAGUUCUGCUUCAUGUACUGCUCUAGCAACCAUUAAGUCUGAUCACUCACCCCUCUAUAUCAAUAAACAAAACUCGGGCAAUGGGAAAAGGAAAAGAAGAACAUGCUUUCGAUAUGAGGCUAAUUGGGACUUAAAAGAGGAAUGUACAAAAGUAGUAGAAAAAGCAUGGAAGGCAGCUAAAAUGGGAGGUGAAGGAGCUAACUCAAUGAGACAGAAACUUGAGCAUUGUCAAAGGGGUCUAUUACAAUGGAACCAGAAAGAAAAACUGCACAAGCACAAGGACAUCAAUCGGAGCCUAGAUAAAAUUAGUCAUCUACAAGAGAUAGGCAAUGGGGACCACAUAGCAACCAUGAAGUAG